AUGUCAUCUGCUGUGGCCGAAAAGACUCCCGAUGACUCUUCCAAGUUGAAGACGUUCCUGUCUAUCUUGCGCAAGUUCAUAGGAGUUACAGACAUUGCCUCGGUUCGUUUCUCGUUACCGGCCCAGUUGAUGGAGCCGCGGCCCAAUUUAGAAUAUUGGAACUACUUGGAUCGGCCAGAGGCCUUUGCCAGUAUUGGCAAAUCAAAUGAUGAGUUAGGGCGGAUGUUAGAAGUGUUGAGGUUUUGGUUUACCAAAGACCUGAAAUACAUAAAGGGAAAGCCGUGCAAACCAUACAACUCAACCCUAGGAGAAUUCUUUCGAUGCAGCUGGGACGUGCCAGAUACGAUCCCCGAGGAAGUCAACCUCCCCGGUGUUGAUGCCACCACGGUGAAUGAUGGAGAUGAAAAGGUCAAAGUAUGCUAUCUGACCGAACAGACCUCCCAUCAUCCUCCAGUUUCCGCCUUUUACAUCGACUGCCCUGAACGUGGUGUUUCAGCUCGAGGAUUUGAUCAGAUUAGUGCAAAAUUCACUGGCACUAGUAUUCGAGUAAGCCCCGGACAACACAACCUGGGUAUCUUCGUCAAUAUCGAGAAGAGGGACAACGAAGAGUACCAGUUGACGCACCCUGAUGCGCACCUGGGAGGUAUUCUUCGAGGCGCUCUAGCAAUUACAGUCGCUGAUACGUGCUACAUGACAUGCCCAAAAACACGUCUGAAGGCAAUUUUGCAAUAUAUGGAAGAAGGGUGGAUUGGCCGGUCCCAGAACCGCCUAGAGGGCGUGAUCUUCCGUUAUGACCCAGACAACGAUACUACCACACGAUUGAAAGACGUAGCAGAGAGCGACGUUAUCGCGCGAAUCAGCGGAUCCUGGCACGGCAAGAUUUAUUAUACCACAGCUGGAAGCAAAGAUCCUAUUCUGCUUAUCGACAUUGAGCCUCUCUUCCCGGCAGCCAAGACCCUACCGCCUAGUGAUCAGCAGUUAUCCAACGAAUCUCUGAAGUUCUGGUCUGAUGUCACAAACGCCAUUGUGAACAAGCAGUUCACUCAGGCGACUAAGGCGAAACAGGAUAUUGAGGAGAGACAACGCCAGCGGGCUGCUGAGCGAAAGGAGAAGGACGUGAAAUGGAAGCCGCGCUUCUUUACAGGAGCGGUAACCCCAUUGGGUAAGCCUGAGCUGACUGAAGACGGCCAGAAGGCCUUACAAGGUGUUCGAACUGGAGAUUAUACCUUGGAGGAAAGCAAGGUCCAGGGUGCAUAG